ACCUCAGGCGUUCGUGCCGAGCGUUAAAACAUCUACUCACUCUCAACUGCUAGUAACUUGCCGCAAUUGUUCAUAAUUCAGUUUGUCAGUCGUGUGGUGAACCUGUUCUCCUUAAGAACUUUCCAAAGCUCAAACUUCAAUAAUUCAGAAAGUUGCGUCACAAACAUGAACCCUAAACACUAAAAGAUAAAUCUGAUUAAAAUUAUCAAAUCAUGGUUGAACAAUGAACAGGCAGAUGUAAAAAAAAAAUACAAAUAUAAUGUAAUUAUGAAAAGGAUUUUCCCUUUGGAGACAAACAAAAAUCACAAUGGCCUUUUUAAUUUUUUUUCAUUGUUGUUAUUUUCUCUCCCAAUUUAUGGAGCUCAAAAUACCUUGGAAUGCUCAGAGCUGAUACAAAAUAAUAAAUGCACAUGUUACAUUUAUGAAAAUGCUUUAUAUCUUGAUUGCCAAGAUACAAACAUAAAAGAUAUAAAAAAUGCACUGAAAAGGGUAACAAAUGUGCAUUCUUUUUCUAUUUAUGACCUCGACGACGGCGACGAAGCUUUGGGACCACAUUUUAUACCACAAGGCGCUUGUAUAAAACAUAUUCACAUUUCGCGAACGAACAUUAGAGAGAUUGAUGAUGAAACUUUUAUGCCGUUGAGAAAGUGCCUUGAAACAUUAAGUAUUGUAUCGAGCAAAAUUAAAUUUAUACCACAAAAAGCACUCUCUGGUAUGCUUAAGCUUUUGUCACUUGAGCUAAUUUCAAACUAUAUCGAUGAAAUACCAAGUUAUAAUUUUUAUGGACUUCCAUUAAUUAAAUUAAUUAUGAAAGGAAACAUCGUUCGACGCAUAUCUGAUACUGCUUUUACAACCUUAGAGUUGUCAUUGUUAGAAUUAGACCUGAGUGAAAAUAAUCUCUCUUCGUUCCCGAUCGUCUCUAUAUGUAGUUUAAAACACCUCCGAAAUUUAAAAUUAGCCUGGAAUGAAAUUUUUUCAAUUGAAAAUACAGAAAACACAAGCCUUAUAUCCUUGGAACAUUUAGAUUUAAAUUCCAAUAAUUUUGAAUUUAUUUCAGAAGACUGCCUUAAAUUUAGUCCGUCCCUAAAAGAACUAUCAUUUCAUUUUAAUUUUAUUGCAAAUGUACAUCACAGAGCGUUUUACUCUCUAGUGAAUUUAAAAUCUUUAGAUUUGAGUCACAAUAGAAUCAAAAUAUUACACACAAAUAUUUUUCAAAACAAUAAGAAAUUAGAACUAAUAGAUUUAAGUCAUAAUCAUCUGCAUCAUAUUCAUGGUCUACUCUGCAAUAUUCCGACGCUUAGUAAAGUAUUUUUAAGUAAUAAUAAUAUACUUGAAGUGCCAAUAGAUUCAUUUUUUAAUUCAACUAAAAUUAGCGUGAUCCAAUUAGAUAAAAAUUGCAUACAUAAUUUAAAUAAUGAGAGUUUUAGUGAUUUAGAAAGUUUAGAAGAACUGCAAUUAGAUUUUAACUAUUUAUAUGAAGUGCCACAUCGUAUUUUUAUGAAUAACAGAAAUUUAACAAAAUUAAGAUUAGACAAUAAUAACUUUAGUGACAUAAACAAUAGUACUUUAGCCACUCUAAAAAAUCUUAAAGAAGUUAGAUUAAACAAUAAUUUACUUAAAUUUAUUUCCAAACAAAUGUUUAUAAAUUCUAUCGGUAUAGAAGAAAUAUACUUAAAUCACAAUAAAAUAAGUUUUAUCGAAUCUAGAACAUUUUAUAAAAUGAUACAUAUAAAAUAUAUCGCUCUGCACAAUAAUAAUCUUGUGGCUUUUAAUGACAUCUUACCCAGAAUAAAUUCAAAAUUGCUUCUACUUUAUCUUGAUUUCAAUCAACUAUCUUCGGUAAAUAAUAUCGUUUUGGGAUCACAAAAGCGGUUGCAUCAUUUAAGUUUAAAAAAUAAUAGCUUAAAAUUUAUAACAAGAAAUACUUUUAGUAAUCUUACAUAUUUAACACGCUUAGAACUAAACAAUAAUGAACUUUUAAUUAUUGAUGAUUUCUCCUUUCAAAGAUUAAACUCCGCGCGAUAUUUGAAUUUACAAAACAAUUUGAUAAAAAAUAUUACAAGUUACACAUUAUUUGGUUUAAGUGAGUUAGAAGAUUUAGAUUUAUCACACAAUAAAAUAGUUUUUAUUUUUGAUAUGGCGUUUGACAGCUUAAAGAAGUUGAGAGUAAUAAACUUAUCAUUUAAUCCCUUGAGAAUUCUUCAUAAAAAUCUAUUUCAACAUGGUCUUCCACUAAGUUCACUAUUAUUAGACAGCUGUGAAAUAGAGUACGUGGAAAAUGGUACAUUUGAAGGCUUGAAUAACUUGAAACAUCUCACAAUUAAAAAUAAUGCACUAAAAUCUAACGACUUGCUAUGUCUUGAUAUACCAAGCUUAAAACAUUUAGGUUUAUCAUACAAUAUACUUGACUAUCUACCUGUUGAGGCAUUUUCAAAUUUACCACUUUUAGAGACACUUUAUCUAGAACAUUGCAAUGUUGACAAAAUCAUAGAAGGUACUUUUAUAAAUAAUAGAAACUUAGAAAAACUCAAUAUUGCACAAAAUAUAAUAAGCAACAUUCCAGAAAAGCUAUUUAGCGCUGUUAAUUCUAUAUCACAGUUGAACAUAAGUAAUAACUUUCUAGAUUAUGCGCCAUACAACAUGUUUGAUAACUCCACAUUAAUUGAAACCCUUGAUAUGGCUGACAACUUAAUUCCUAAAAUUGAACUAAGUGGUUUUGGAAAAUUGAGAAAACUGAAAUCAUUAAUAUUACGUAAAAAUGAAAUACAAUUAGUCUCGAGUAGUAAAAGAGUAGUGUUGAAUGAGUUAAUACUAUUUGAUGUAAGUUAUAACAGAUUAGAUCAUUUACCCAAACAGUUAUUCGAAAUUUUUCCGAACAUACAAAGUAUUAAUAUAUCGCACAACAACAUUUUUCAUUUUGACUUUUUAUUUUAUAAAACAGUAGGAAUUUCGCUUAUCAAUAUAGAUCUUAGUAAAAAUCCUUCAGUUAGUUGGACUUUACCGAAUAAUAAUGAUAAUAACACUCUAAUGGCCAGUUUAUACGAAUUACAUAUUUGCUUUACAAAUUUAACCAUUAUAGAAGACACAAAUUUUGAAUUAUGUAUCAGUUUACAACAUCUUUAUUUAAAUUUUAAUAAAAUUCGACGCCUAUCAAUAAGCCCUUUUAUCAAGUUAAUAUUUUUAGAGAAUUUAGAUUUGAGUGUUAAUAGAAUUACACAUCUUAAAACAAGUAACUUUCGCGGACUUAUCAAAUUAAAUACUCUGUGUCUAUCCAAUAAUAAUGUAGAAUCAAUGGAAUCUUUUGACGAAGAUUUAAGUAAUUUAAAACUUUUGGAUCUUUCUAACAAUAAAUUGCAGAAUAUUAUAAAUGAACACUUUAUUCAUUUGAAAGAAUUGACUGUAUUAAAUUUAGCUUACAAUAAUAUAAAAUAUCUAUCAGCUACUUCAUUCAAUAACCUCAAUAAAAUAAUACAAAUAAACCUUGAGCAUAAUAAACUCCAAACAAUACCUAUAGAUUUACUUACUUCAAUAGAAAAUCAUGUACAAGAAAUAUCAAUAAAAGAUAAUAUAAUAAUAUGUCGGUGCCAAAAGAAUAAUACUUGGACAUGGAUUCAGGAUCAUCCUAAAAUAAUAAGGCCGUAUUCAGUUAUUUGUUUUAAUGAUGACUAUCCAAAGACAAUGUGUGAUUUUCCCUUAAUUGUUCAUUUAUCUAUUGACAAACACGAUGACAAUUCUGUUUUAAUCACAUGGUUAAUAAGAAAUCGUACAGCAUUAAAGGCCUUGAAAAUAUUAUAUUAUAAUGAAAAUGUGGAGUCGAAUAUAAAACUCAAACUGGUGGAUAAAAAUACUAUGUCGACUCUUAUUACUGACCUGACAACAAAUACACAUUAUAUUGUGUGUAUAUUGACGAUGUAUGAAGAUUUUGUGAUAGGUUUUGAUGACAAUUUCGUGUUUGCAAAUGAUACAGAUUCAGAAGCGAAUAAGACUUCUAACAUAGAUCGUAAUCUUUUAAACGCACUGAUUGCACAAUCUCCUGCAAGUGAAUGUGUAUCCUUCGAUACAAUGAAAAAACCAUUGAUUGUUAAAAUAAAAACAAAUAAAGGAUUUAAAAUGUCUACAAUACUAAACCGACGCACUGGACUGAUAGUUGGGUGCUGUUUGGGUUUUGUAGUAUUUUUUAUCAUGGUUACAGUUUUAUUAUAUACCAAAGUAAAAGAGAGAAAGAGAAUUGCCAAGUCUGAUCCAGCAUGGUCAGAGAUGAAUGAUUAUCAUUCAAUGCAAAGUAAAGAAGAUAUUCAAGACUCUACAACGGCUUCAACUGAUAACAUUUUGCUAGGAAUGACUAAACAUAUUAAUUUAUCUUUUGAUAAAACAAAAUAAUGUACCUUAAAUUUUCCAUUAAUCUGGGAUAAAAUUAAAUUUGAACUUGCUUAGAAAUUAGGAACCCACUAAAAAAAUAGAUGCUUAUUGUUUUGGUGCUUAGAUAUUGUAAGUUUAUUAGA